AAGAGGUUAGAAUACUCAAUGGCAGCACUACUUCAUCCUCUCAUGUUGGACUGAGGGCAGACUGGACGCUACAGUGUCAGAAUCGCCUCUUGAGGUACGGAGAGAGGGGGGCGGAGAUUCGGAAGGAGCCGCUUCAUAUCGGACUGGUCCCGGCGUCCCGGACAACAAAUGGCCGUGAACCGACAGAGAGGAAGAGUGUGAUCUAGGUUUCUUUUCUCUCCGCGUGGCUACGGCUGAAGAGCUGCCUCCAUGCUCACAUAGUAGGUUAGAGAGGGCAAGAAGCGCUCUUUAUCCUCACACUCAGUACAUUUUAUCCGUCUAGCAGAAGAAUGGGAGAGUCCUGUUGACACCACGGAGAGAUACACACUGAGACCGACUAUGGCUGUGGACGCGGCGUCCAGCUUCAGUUUUUGCCGUGCCUCCCUGGAGCACACGGUGUCUGCUGAGGAGCUGAGCUACCAGCUGCCGCGCCGCGCCGGAGGCAGCAACCUAACCUGGCACGAUGGCCGCGGCCAGAAGACAGCACACACACGCACCGUCAAACUACUGCAGCAGCCCGGCACAGAGGGCAUCCAGUUGCGUCCAGGUGAAGCCUUCACUGUGUAUCACACCAGUCCUACGCUGUCCAGUCUGUCCAAACCUGUGGUGCUGUGGACUCAGCAGGACGUCUGCAAGUGGCUUAAGAAACACUGUCCUCACAACUACCUGACCUAUGUAGAGGCCUUCUCUCAUCAUGCCAUCACAGGACGGGCAUUGCUGCGUUUGAACGGGGAGAAGCUAGAGAGGAUGGGAAUCGUCCAGGAGACGCUGAGGCAGGAGGUCCUCCAACAGGUCCUCCAGCUGCAGGUCAGAGAAGAGGUGCGCAACCUGCAGCUCCUAAGCAGAACCUCCUUUGGAAACUUCUCUUAGCUCAUCCCUGGAUCCGUUUGGCAGCCCUUUCCCUCAUCCCCUGUCACAAUACGUCUCUAGGAGCCAUGGAAGAGCUGCUGUCUUCAGAUAUGUGAGCGGAGAAUCAAUGAGUGAAAGGGGAGAGGACAAGCCUAUAGACAACAUGCCAACCAGUCUGGAGGAUUCUCAUUCAACAUAGCCAAUGUGGUUUACAGACACUAACGCAGAGACAAAGCCCCCGCUCAAGGCAGGGGUACCCACUGUAACAUAGUGAUAAGAUGUAAGAUUCACAAACCUAGUGAUGAUGUAGGCCGGUCACCGCUAUACGCUUGAUCACGGCAAAUCUCCUUUUGGUUUCCCACCUCAUUCGGACCCGGGCUGAUUGGGCAAUUUCAUCAGAACACAGGUUUAUUUUUGACACAAGCUUCACAUGUGCACAAACAGGAUUCAGUUUUUCCUCUGUGUUUUUGGUUAAGGUAAUUUACAUGAGUAAUGCUUUGAUAUGGUUUUAAAUCACCUACAUCUCUGAACCCAGUGAUGCUGGAAACAUGUUGCUUGAAUUAUGGUGUAAACCCAGAUUUACAUGCAGCAGUGCCACCAUUUGGCUGCUGGAUCUAAAAUUGAUCUCCAUCUCCCUUUGAAACUGCAACACCCGAACCUGUUUCAGAAGGAAAUCAGAGCCGGGCUUAAAUGCAUCUGAGUGAUGUCGAUGUGAUCAAGUCCUCAGCCGCAGGUCACAGUGCAUUUUCUUCUCAGGACUUUAGUUUUGGAAGUGUAGGUUUGGAGGAUCAACAGUAACACUUAAAGCUGAAUGUCAUUCCCACAAUCAGUUUUUUUGUAUUGUGACCGAUCUGCAGUGUGCCAGUGAGAAAUUUAGAAAUAUAUAUAUAAACAGAGCGUUGUAGAAUAACAUACAAUUUAACCUGUGUAUUCUGUAACAGUACCAUAGUCUUUUAUUAAUGAAAUGGAUCCAGAGAACACUGAGUUAAUGUGAUAAUCAAUGGCUGUCUAUGCUUGAUGAAGCAAUAAUUUUAUUCCUAGUAGGUGAAAAGGAACAGGACUGUCUGGGAUAAAUAUUUCAGUUUUUUUUUUUUUACAGAGUUGGGAUGCACAGUGUCAGUGUUUGCCGAGGGAAACGUACGUCUCUUCCUGUUACAGUGGUAGCAUUUGCCAGCCUCAUAGCUUCUGUCCUUUGUGUGUGCUAUACUGUACGCCGUAUGCCAUUUCUCACGCACAGAUGAAGACAAGGGACAAGCCUCUGUUGUAUUCUGCCUGGUAUCCAUCUCCGAUGUGACACUGUGACUGUGACACUUUAAAAUGCUCAGAAAUCAAGUUUCCCAGCAUGACUGAGUUGAGCACCUUUGAUGUCACUCUAGACAGCAGCAGACAGCUACUGUAUGAUGAUGAUGUUUAAGUCACAUAAAUAAAUACAUGCAUACAUACAUAAACUUCCAACAAGCAAAACUUCCCCUUCCAACAUCCCUCCAUCUGUCCUUUGACAAGGAAUCUUUGGGUAAUGUAAGUAACUGACUGUUAAAAGGGAUAAAACACACUGUAUUAUUAUUGUUUUGUUUAGUUUUUUGUUUUUGUUUUUUUGAUUACCUGAUGUACUGUAAAUAUAGACACUUUUGGUUUACUUUGUCAGAUGAUGGAUGAACUGUUUGAAAUGCAAAAAAAAAAAAAAAGAAGAAAGAUGAAAAAUAUUUAUUUGCUUUACAUAUAUGAAGGUAUGGAAUGGGACAUUAUGAAAGCUGUCUUUUUAGAAUAAACUAAUUGAGAUGAAGCACUGGUCCUGAUUUGUUGAUGUAAUGAUUUGUUUUUUUAUUAAUUACUAAUGUUUUAUUAUAGAUUUUUUAAUAUAUAGUAAGGUUCGUUCACUGAAACACAAGGACACAUUUAACACAGAGGUAACAUUGAAGCAACAAAGUACCCUUACAAGGCAUAAUAAAGAGAAUAAAGAAAAAAAAAUGCCACAA